AUGAUCAAGCUCUUCCUCAUCUUAGGUCUCUUGGCCACAUCAUGCGUGGCUCAGGCUCCAGGUGCCGCUCCCACACCCACGCCCACAACGACAGCACCGACGCCUGCACCAACUACAGCUCCACCGACGCCAACGCCGACGCCGACGCCAUCACCGACACCGUCUUCAGCACCAGCACCUGCUCCGGCUACACCAGCACCUACUCCAGCUACACCAGCGCCUACUCCAGCACCAACCACUGUCCCGACUCCUUCACCGACAUCUACUCCUCCAUCUGGGGCUCCCACUCCUGGCGCUACGCCUCCUCCAUCACCAUCACCAUUCUCUCCCUCGUCUGAGCCACCGGCGUCCGAUGUUCCACCCAGCGGCACCUUCGCUGCUGGAUGGAUCGAAAGAGUCGUGAUCGCUGGUACUGCACUAGCCGGGACUUUCUUGGCCGUGACUUUGGCUUAG